AUGACCGAUCGGUUUUUGCCAGCGUCGGAGACACAGAACGCUCCUUAUUUCGGAUUUAAUCCAAGCGAUGAAGAACUCAUUAGCUACUUAAAGAGGAAAGUUCAGGGCAGACCCUUGGUUCUUAAUGCGAUUGAGGAAGUCGAUGUUUACAAGCAAGAAGACCUCUCUCACUUACUAGAACAAUCGAGGCUGAAGUCAAAGGACCAAGAAGGGUUCUUCUUCACUACUCUAGAAAAGUACGUAGACAAUGAUGGCCAUCGCUAUUGGCACCAAAGAGGACAAGACAAGGAAGUCAAGCGAAGAGGAGACGGUGAGGUGAUUGGUAAGAUCAAGAGGCUUGUGUUUAAUACUCCAAAUAAUCAACCAACAAAUUGGGUGAUUUAUGAGUAUCACCUCGUAGACAAUGAUGGCCAUGGCUAUAAGACAGAUUCGUACGUGUUGUGCAAAUUGUCCCACAAUAGUAGAAACAUAAGUGAGAAGCUUCAGCAGGAGAGCCACUCACGGAGCAAUAACCUCUUUGACCUCAACGAGCUCCCUAGAGAGUUUGAGAUGGAUACUCACGAUGCAUGUCUUCUUCCCUGUGUCCUCAACAAAGAAGCUCCACUUCCUUUGGUACAAUACGAACGCAAGCGCAAAAGAGACUCUUUUGGAAGCUACGACGACAACUCAAACCAAACCCACUCAUCAUCAGGACUCUAUACCUUCUGUUGCCGCAAUGUUGUAGGAGAGUGA